AUGAGCCUGAAAAGACCUGCCUCCAUUGCCACAGACCAUCACCGCAGACUCAGCACCUACGGAGCCAUGAGAGCAGAAGCUAAAACGGCAACCUUCACACUCCUGACGUCUGCCAUCCUGGUACUGCUCUGGCUGACCCACCCCAGCAAAGCAUGCACCUGUGUCCAACCCCACCCGCAAAUGGCCUUCUGUAAUUCUGACUUUGUCAUCAAGGCCAAGUUUACUGGGACAACAGAAAUCAACCAGGCCGCCUUAUACCGGCGUUAUGAGAUCAAGAUGACCGAGAUUUUCAAAGGGUCCAACAUUUUGGCGAAUAACCCAGGCAUCAUCAACUUCGUCUACACCCCUAUCAUGGAGAGCGUCUGUGGAUAUACCCACAAGUCCCAGGACCAAAAUGAGGAAUUUCUUAUUUGUGGAAAACUUCGGAAUGGGAACCUGUACAUCACCACCUGCAGCUUCAUAGCUCCCUGGAAUAAUCUGAGCUCUGCUCAGCGCCAAGGCUUUACCCAGACCUAUGCUGCUGGCUGUAAGGAAUGCAGAGUGGUUCCCUGCUUAUUUACCCCCUGCCAGCAAAAGAGUAAGACUCAUUGCCUGUGGACAGACCAGCUCCUCUUAGGCCCAGAAAAGGACUUCCAGAGCCGCCACUUUGCCUGUCUAGCACAUGAGCCAGGCAUGUGUAGCUGGCAGUCCCUGAGGCGCCAGAAAGCAUGA